AAAGCAGCCAGUUCUCAGCUCUUACCACUUGUUCUUCUCCAGCGUGAGCAGAAGAGUUCUACAUCCUCAUCAUCAUCAUGGCCAGCACUUUCUCCAACCGAAGCUUCAUCUCAUCCUCCUCCUCUUCUGUGAGGAGCGGCUCAGCCCUGCUCCUCGGAAGCUCCCGAGGAGGUGGCAGCGUGUAUGGAGGAGCCGGAGGGUCCGGAGUGCGCAUCUCCACCUCCAGGUUGUCCGUCGGAAGUGGCUUUAACCUCGCCGACGCUGUCGAUGUUUCAGCCAAUGAGAAGCUGACGAUGCAGAAUCUGAACGAGCGUCUGGCCAACUACCUGCAGAAGGUGCACACGCUGGAGAAGGCCAACGCUGAGCUGGAGCUCAAGAUCCGCCAGUUCCUUGAAGGCAAGGCCUCGCCCGCUGCCCGAGACUACUCUGCCUACUUUGUCACCAUCAGUGACCUCCAGGCCAAGAUUCAGGGUGCCAUUGCUGUGAAUGGAGGACUGUACCUCCACAUUGAUAACGCCAAACUUGCUGCUGAUGACUUCAGAGUAAAGUAUGAGAAUGAGCUGACCAUGAGGCAGUCAGUGGAGGCAGACAUCGCCGGGCUGAGGAAGGUUCUAGAUGACUUGACGUUGGCCAGAUCGGAUCUGGAGAUGCAGAUUGAGGGUCUGAAAGAUGAGCUGAUCUAUUUGAAGAAGAACCACGAGGAGGAGCUCUUGUUGGCACGUUCUCAGAUGGGUGGACAGGUGAAUGUGGAGGUGGAUGCCGCACCACAACAAGACCUGAAUGCCGUCUUGGCUGGAAUCCGCGAGCAUUAUGAAUCCGUGGCCGCUAAGAACCGCAAAGAAAUUGAGGCCUGGUUCCAGACCAAGAGUGAAGCACUGAGCAAAGAGGUCGCCAUCAGCACAGAAACACUCCAGACGUCGAGAUCUGAAAUCACAGAAGUCAAACGCACUCUUCAGAGUCUGCAAAUUGAGCUUCAGUCACAGCUUAGCAUGAAAGCAUCUCUUGAAAACACUCUGGCUGAGACACAGAACCGCUAUGCACAAAUGCUCACUGGCUAUCAGGUUCAGGUGACAAGUCUGGAGGAGCAGCUGCAGCAGCUUCGUGCUGAUCUGGAGCGUCAGUCUCAGGAAUAUCAGAUGCUGCUGGACAUCAAGACCAGACUGGAGAUGGAGAUCGCUGAGUACAGGAGACUGCUGGAUGGAGAAGCGACCACCAGCACCACAACCUCCUCUAGCUCCACCACUCGGAAGGUUGUAAUUGUCACAGAGGAGGUGGUGGAUGGUAAAGUGGUAAGCUCCUCCAGUUCUUCUGAGAGCAAAACUUUUACCAAGUAAGCAUGUUGAGUCUCCACACAUCAACGAGAUGACUUCCAUCCCUAUGACAUGCUUUCUCAAUGCUUCCAAAUUAAAAUAAAUUCAAGUCAAAGCA